UUAACAAUCAUCAACAGUUUUAGUUUAUGUUGUGCGGCGAUGGGAUGCUUUUGCCGCGGUCGAGCGAGGAAAUGUUCGGUGUGAAGGAGUUUUUGGUUUCUUCGGAGCUUGACGCGUCUUCGCUAUCUUGGAUCCAGUUGCUGACCGUGGUGUGACCAACCCAGCUGGAAUGAACCCACAAGGAUGUCAAACCCAGUUCCCUGAUUUUUGUUUUGAAAGAUGCGAUCUCCGGAACAUCGACAGCUUGCUCAACCUAGAGCUGGAAGAGAUUUUGAAGAGGACUUACAGCUGCACUAUUUGUCACCAGGAGCUUUCACCGUUUUGCCUAGUAAUAAUCUACAUCCUCCGGAUCCUCCGACUGCACCGGAACCAUACAGGCUUACCCCAUCUACCAGAAGACACAAAAAUCAAUCUUUUGCGGUCAUAGGAGAUGUAGACCCUACCAAAUUACUCUCCAGAAGCUCCUCUCCAAAUACAGGCAGAGUGAGCCCCUUUAAAGGACGCGGUUUCAACCCAAGAGGCUCCAGACAUGUUUCUCCUUCGAUCUCACCCACACCACCCGAGGAUGCCAGACUCACUCCCACCGAUUUAUCUCCAAGACAUUCCUCCAAGAUUCCGAAACUCAAAAGGAGACCUAGCAAUGGCGCUUUCGGGGAGAAAGUCUACCACUACAAUUCUUCGCCGACAAAGAGGAAAAUCUCGAACAAGUUGAGCCAAAGUUUAACGGAUCUACAAGCGGAUAAAAAUGGAAACAAACCGCCUGUGGCUUCCAAAAGAACAUACAGCAAGAAACCGGCAUUUCAGAGACUUUCUCCUAUUAUUGGUAGUUCCCCAGAACCUAGCCAAUCAAUGUCUUCCCCUUCAAGGAUUCCAAAGAGUCACAGCACGCCUCCAAGUAGAAAGGUUUCGCCGUCGAGGGAAACAACCUCCAGUAGAAAAGGUUCGCCUUCGAGAGACGGAAUUCAUCCCGAUACUGGGCAAACUUCAGGGAAACCCCCCGUGUCUAAAACCCCUACAGGCAACCGAUCCAGAAAGUCGUCCCAAAACGCAUCCAGGAAUCAAUCCAGGAAUCACAGCAGAGAACCCAGUCCCACUAAAACCCCCACGUCCCCUUCUAGAAUUCCUGUAACAAAAUACGGAAAAGUUCAAGCUAAAGUCAACUCUUUCAAAAAAGUAAAACCUCAAGUGCCUCCUAAAAAUCAUGUUGUUAGUGAACAGUCCGAUGAUACAGACGCGUCUAAAAAUAAAUCGAAGACUCUGAACAGAAAACACAGUGUAAGUAAAAUACGAACUAACUCUAGGCCAAAUCUUUUGCCGAAAACAGGAAACUACGGAAAUAACUAUGCAUCUACUAGUGACAGUUCAGUGAGUAAUACCACAAAUAAAACACAGGUUGCGAAGAAAACUGCAAAUGAUCCUGGAAAAGCCGUGAAUGGUCAAAAAGACAGCAAAAAUGGUAAAAAUAAUAAUAUCCCUGUUGGAACCAGCGACAAUAAAAGUAGUGUGGAAAUAGAUAAGACAAAAAUUGAUAUUUCAAAUAAUGAUACAGCCGAGGAGUCUGCGGAAAAAAAUACUAGUAACAACGAUAUUAUUGAAUCCGACAAGGUACUUUCGGACAAGAGUUCUUCCAAUGAUAAAGACGUAGUUUUCAAGAAAGCAGACCAGAAACCAGAGCAGUUGCCUUCAACAACAACUGUAGUUUCGAGCACAACUUCAACUGUAGCGCAACCAUUAAAGAUAGAUACGAAUUUGAACUUUCCGCACCACUAUGAAGGGUCGAAACCAAUCUCUCCAAUGGUAGACGGGAGGGUGUUGAGCGCUACAAGCGUUUCGAACGCCAUCAACAAAAUGAACGACACUGUCCUAGAUUCCCAAACAGUAAUGAAGGACCACGGCUUCUCCAAGCCAUCACCAGCUGCUAGCACCAUCAUCUCCGUAGCUAAAGAAGCCAAUAAAAGCAGUACCAAUCCAGCUCUGGACACUAAAAAUGCAACCACGGCUCUGCCAACAGUGGAACCCUACAUCCAGUCUGUUGGAGGCCAAAAGGAAUUAGUACACCAGAAUAGCAACCACAGUAACAACCAUACGAACAACGUUUCUCAUGUGAUGAGCUCCAAAGCUUUAGAAAUGGAGGUGCAGAAGCACAUGCAAAAGCUGAUCACUCCAGAGCACACCAUGUCCGAAACGCUGCGAAAAUCCAGGACCGUCAUCGCAUCUGACGUGGAACCUAUCAGGAUAACCGUUAGAGAGAAACCAUCCGAUGUCGAGGUGCAAAGCGGCAACAUCAGACUACCAGUCAGCGCUACGAAUGGUGUUAAUGAAAGACCGAGGUAA